CCCGCUCCGCUGCGGCUCCCAGGGGCGGGGCCUGCCCGCGCCAGGCACAUCCCUGCUGCCCGGGGAGCGGAGCGCCGGCUGCAGCGAAAGCGGAGCGACUCCGGAUUGCCCGGGGAGCGGGAGAAGGGCUCCCGGGCGCAUGAGAUCCGGGGCGCUGUCCACCCGCCGGCCCCCGCGCUGAGCCGAGCCCGGCCCGUGGCCGGGAACCCGCUGCGGGCGCCGGAGCCCGAGCCCAGGAUGGUGUGGGAUGAGCGGGUGGCUGCCCUGUUCCGGAGGAACCUGCAGCCCACCCUCACCUACUGGAGCGUCUUCUUCAGCUUCGGGCUCUGCAUCGCCUUCCUGGGGCCCACCCUGCUGGACCUGCGCUGCCAGACCCAGAGCUCGCUCUCCCAGAUCACCUGGGUCUUCUUCUCGCAGCAGUUCUGCCUCCUGCUCGGCAGCUGCCUCGGGGGAGUCUUCAAGAGAACGUUGUCUCAGUCCCUGGUCGCCCUCUUUGCAUCGUCCCUCGCCAUCUCUGUGGUCUUUGCCAUCAUCCCUCUCUGUCACAAUGUGGUGGUGCUGGCUGUGGUCAUGGCCGUGGCGGGACUGGCCAUGGGAUGCAUCGACACCAUCUCCAACAUGCAGCUGGUGAAGAUCUACCAGAAGGACUCGGCCAUCUUCCUUCAGGCCCUUCACUUCUUCGUGGGGUUUGGGGCCCUGCUGAGCCCACUGAUAGCUGACCCUUUCCUUUCGGACACCAACUGCAUCCUGUCUAACUCCACGCUCAAUGCCACCAGCAACCUCCCUCACAUCCGCAAGUCGUUGGUCCCCCACCAUCCCGGCAACCUGUCGCAGUACGAGCUGCCGAUGAAAGGGAUGGUGGUGACACGCGUGUCCUACGCUUUCUGGAUCAUGGCCCUGAUCAACCUACCAGUCCCCAUCGCGGUGUUCUUCCUGCUCUACAAGGAAAGGCUGGUGCCCUGUUUCAAUAACGGGCGCCGCCCGCUGCUGUCUGCGGACGAACUGGCAAUGGAAACACAGCCGGCCGAGAAGGAGAAUCAUUCUGUCGCGUUGCAGAGAGCCCCGCCAGACAGAGGGCAUGACGACCUAUUUAGCUGCUGCCAAAGCAAAAACUUCAGAGGAGCUCCUUACUCCUACUUCGCAGUCCACGUCGUCGGGGCUCUUGUCCUCUUCAUGAGUGAUGGGAUCAUAGGCGAGUACUCUGGGUUCGUAUACAGCUAUGCAGUGGAGGAACCUCUCUCUGUGGUUCACAAGGUGGCUGGCUACCUGCCUAGCUUAUUCUGGGGGUUCAUCACACUAGGCAGGCUCAUCUCCAUCCCUGUGUCCUACCGAAUGAAACCUGCAACCAUGGUGUCCAUAAAUGUGGGUGGAGUGCUUGUAACUUUCCUCCUGCUCCUGAUUUUCUCCUACAGCCUUGUCUUCCUGUUUGUGGGCACAGCUUGCCUGGGUCUGUUCCUCAGCAGCACCUUCCCCAGCAUGCUGGCCUACGCUGAAGACAUCCUCCAGUACAAAGGCUGUGCCACGACUGUAUUAGUCACUGGAGCUGCAAUUGGAGAGAUGGUGCUACAGUUACUCGUGGGGUCGAUUAUCCAUGAUCAGGGCAGCUACAGUUUCCUGGUUUGUGGGAUGAUCUUUGGAGGUUUGGCCUUUAUGUUCUACACUUUCCUUUUGUUUUUCCACAGGAUGUACCCCAAGCCCUCAUCAGCAGGGGGUGCCUCCUCGCCUGACAAGCCAGCAAUGAUGGGCAACCCUGGACUUUAUCAGGGCUAAAAUGAAAGCGCAGCCCUGGACAACGAGUUUUACGUUUUUGUAAUAAACACAAAUCAUCAAGUGUUGCUAGGAAGGAUGAUUUCACACUAAUGACAUGGCUAAAUUACCUGAGUUUUUUCUGCAAUCAAAAAUGUUAAAUUUGAAUAAGUUGGAACCAACCAAACAUCCCAAGUCACCUUGGGAGGCUAAGUACAGCAAGCAGAAGUUGCUCGUGUAUGUUGUUACACUAAGAAAAUCAAACUGCAGAAUCCUGGAAAUCUGCAAUUUAUGGCUGCUUGGUGGAGAAAAAUUCCUCUUGUAAUCCAGCUUCCCUUCAGAAGAUAGGCUGGAAGUUGUAAGUCUAUUACUAUUUCAUGUGUCCUAUUUUGGGUAUCAUCACCUGGUUUAGAGUUACUAUAACCAAUAGGUUUCUCUAUUGGUGUGUAAGCAUAGGACCCAUUUGUAGCCAUGAUCCUGACAACCUACAGCACCAAUUCUAGUUUUUAAUUAAUACAGAACAAUCCUCUGCGUAACACUGCACUGCAAGAGUGGUUCAGAAUUAGUUUUCCAGCAACCAGCCCUGUAAGAGUAUCUAGGCUUCAACUAUGCUCCCAAAGGGGAAAUCACAAUAUUGGCAGAAACCACCAGGUGCACUUUGAUAACAGAAUCCAUCUAUAUUACACAGUAUCAGAUGUUCAUUGCAGCAGAGCCUUAAACAAUGGGCUCUAGCAUAUAAAGUAUUUACUUUUAUAGCAAAGGAAAAUUUUUUUGCUGGUUUAUUUUUGCUUAAGUCACUGGUAAGCUGCAAAAGUGACUGGUUCAAGUAGCAGUGUUUUUGGGAGGUUUGUAGUCUAGCUUCUAUCUGAAACCUUAAGCAGGUGCAUCUAGGCUCCACCCCCACCCAUUUAAUCUGUGCAAUAACCUCUACAAAAGGUGCCUUCCAUGAGUGAAACUCUAGAGGUACUGUAUACCCCAAGAAUGAUCUGUUACAAGACAAUACUAGCAAAUCUAAAGAUGCUAAAGCUUUCUGGAGAUACUUUAGGAAAGUUGGAAGAGAUAAAGGCUUUAGUAUGUGGAUGUACGUGUGUGUGUGUGUGUGUAUAUAAAGCAAUGUUAAUUAAAAGUGAUUACUAUAUUCUCA